UGAAGGUAUACUUGAAUGCACCUUGAGAUGUUGAACGCAAAUUCUUUUAGGCUGUGGGGAUGACAUAAUCAUGCAUUUCUUGACGCCCUUUUACGAUAAAAGCAAAGUCCGGAGAGCCUUGAUUUUCUUCACAAAUGCAGAAGGAAGUGGCCUCCGCUUCCCCAGGAAGAGUGGUGAGGAAGCCAGUGGGCUGAGAAAAUCAUGCAGGCAGCCUAUCAGGCAUCCAGUAAUUUGAGAACUCAAGGCAGGCGUGGAGAAUUUAUUGGAGCCUCAAGAAGAAGCCCAACAAAACAGACAGUCUGAUUCUACUGGAUUGGCAUCACAGCUCGGAAUGGACUUGAUAUUAAAAGGCCUGUUUUUGUCCUACUUGUUGAUGUUCUGCCAUUCCCAGAUCCUGGAUAUAAAAGAAAAAAAUGUUUGUCGGGAUAAGAGAAACCCAUCACUUUUGGUUUGUUGUCCUGGGUGGAAACGUCAGGGGACCAACUGCAGUGUCCCACUGUGUGAAGGACCCCAAUCCUGUUCUGUAAAUGAAAUGUGUGUAAAUCCGGGGUUCUGCCUUUGUAAGCCAGGAUUCUUUGGAGCCAACUGUGAAACAAGUUGUCCUCCCCAGUUCUGGGGUUCCGAAUGCAAGAAGGUGUGCUCAUGUCAUCCACAUGGACAAUGUGACCCUGUAACAGGUCAAUGUACUUGCAAUUCAAAUCGCUGGGGACCCAACUGUCAAGAGACAUGCAAAUGUGGAAAUAAUGCUGCCUGUGACCCCCUUACAGGCCAAUGCAUCUGCAAACCAGGCUGGUGGGGGCUGAAUUGUAAACAGCAAUGCAAGUGCAAUCUUGAUAACUCCAAGUGUGACCUUAUCACUGGGAAGUGCAAUUGCUCACCAGGUUUCUGGGGUGCCAACUGUGCACUGAAGUGUAUGUGCGUUCACUCAUCCUGCCACCAAGAGACAGGGAUAUGCCACUGCAAGCCGGGCACAUGGGGGCCAGCCUGUGAGCGAUCUUGUACCUGCCAAAAUGGAAAUUGUGACCCCAGAAGUGGUGAAUGCCUCUGUGAACCAGGGUACAAGAGUCCUACCUGCAGUGAGCCUUGUCAGGCUGGCUUUUAUGGGAGCGGCUGCAAAAUGAAGUGUGGGUACUGCAAACAUCACAAAUCUUGUGACCCUAAGAAUGGGUCUUGUGUGGCCUGUGAGCUGGGCUGGAAUGGUACCCUCUGUAAUCAGCUAUGUCCUGCGGGUCGUUAUGGAGAAAACUGCAAUGGGGUGUGUCGGUGUCGUGGCAGUGAAGUCUGUAAUCGCAAGACUGGGACAUGCUUACACUGUAACCCUGGCUGGUCUGGACCAAGGUGUGAUUCCCCGUGUCCAGCUGGAAGCUAUGGAAACCUCUGCCGCUUUCAGUGCCAACCAUGCUACCAUGGAAGCUGUGAUUCAGUGACUGGACACUGCAUCUGUGACUCAGGCUAUCAGGGAGACAGCUGCAAUGCCACUUGUCCAGCUGGAUUCCAUGGCCAGAAUUGCUCAUCUCCUUGUCUCUGCAGGAGUGGUACUUGCCAUCCAGUCACUGGAGUCUGUGAUGCUGCUUUAGGAAGACAUGAAGUUCUCAUCAUUGCCAUUCUUGUCCCUCUUUUGCUGGUACUCUUGGCGGUCAUCUGCUGCUGCUGCUGCUGUGGAACCAACCUGAACGAUACAAAAGACAGGUCGGCUAUUAGUGAUGCUGGUCCAAUGACUCGCAUGAAGCACCAUGUUAUCUGUGUUAUAGCUAAUUUAAGCUCAGCCAUUCCCUGCUUUGUUCUGGGGUCUUCAACAUGGCCUCGGGUCACAGUGGCCCAUCAUGAUGCUGAUGUGACCUUUAACCACAGCUUUAUCGAACCUCCUUCUGCCGGCUGGGUAUCUGAGAACUCAUUCUCAUCUUUUGAAACAGACGAGGAAGGUCCUGUCUACUGCAUUCCACCCAAAGAAGGUGAUGGUGCAGAGUUCCAGGAAAUGGCUUCUAAGUGUAACAUCUUUCCAGAUGUUUCCUCCUUCAAUGCUGAGGAUGUUUCUCAGGCCUUCCCUAUUCCCCGAACCUCCAGCAUUGCCAAGUCCAAGAGGCCUUCAGUGAGCUUUGCAGAAGGCACAAAGUUCGGACCAGAGGAGCGUCGUGGAUCAGCUACAGAAAUGUUUAAUAUCCUUCGUGCAUCAAAAAUGUUAUGGGUGACCUCAAAGCUUUCAACUAUCCAGUCCAAUACUUCUUCACUAGAGGGGGAAGAACCAUCUUCAACUGAGGAUAAUCAUCAUUAUGAGGAUGCUGAGAUGCCAGAUGCCAAUCUAAAUCAAACAGACUCGGAUAAAGAAUCAAAAUCAGCGUCCACUGGGGGCAGUGGAGAAGCCCAAAGUGGUAGGAGAAGGACAAUGUCAAAUGCCAAAAGAAAUGCUCUGCCACAUCCAGCUGCAGAAAACACAGUUUCUGUACAAAAAGGCAAUUUAGAAAAAAUCUCAACUGUCUAUGUGACAUUAGGAAAAGCUGUGCGUCAGUCCAAAGCCUCCUCUGACUCAAGCAUGGAAGGGCCAGUUCAAUCAGUUUUGAGGAGACUGGGCAGCCUACAAAGACAGAAAGAAGACUCUCCCAAACCUAGUGGACGGGGAGACAAUAUAAUAAAGCCACCCCGAAGAAAACUUGGAGCCAGAGCUGGACUUUGGGAACAAGCCUUAGCUGCUUCAGCUGCCAAAGGUCUGCCUAAGCAGCAAACACAGGUUAGACAUUCAAAUAAAUUGGAUUGCUCUGUGGACUCUCAAGAGGGAACUGAGGAAAGGAGGCCUCUGAUGUCCACAUCCAUUCUUAAAAAUACUGUGAUGUCCUCUGGUGGAGAGGCAAGGGAAAAGUCAGAAAUGGAGAAUGGGGAUGGAGCUGUAGGGGACCAAUAUGAAACCCACUUGGAAUGCAGCAUAGCUUCAAACAUUAACCACAGUGGUCAAGGUGCUCCUAGUGCUGAUGAGCAACAGACACUUACAGAAGAUGAAGGGCCAAAAUAUGAAAAUGUAAAUCCAAGAGACAUUAAAUGUGCUUCAUACACAACAGAAGGUUAAAGCAAGAAAACAGAGCUCUCAUGAUGUGUUUCCACUCUUAUUACUGCCCUCUCAUUACUGGGGAAUUAUGUGUAAAUCUCUAAGCCACCUUUCCUAUUACAGGAUAAUUCUCAAUAAUUGAUUUCAGAAUCUGCUGAAAACUAUGUUGAAGAAAAGCUAACCAUACUUGACUCUUUGGCCUCCAUGAGAUUUUAACAUGUGCCUGAGAAGUUUACUCAUUUCAGGUUCUGCAGUUUAGGUAAAAAUUGAAAUGUUUCAGGACUAGUAAUCAUGGCUAAAGGUAACAGCAAUACAACAGUCAGGAACAACUGCUGACUCCAUUGUAACUGCCUCAUAGUCCAGAUGUAACACCGAAGGGUGAGACAACACCUUGUAGAACUGGCUGAUGGCUAAAUGAAGCUUAUUGUCCUAUUGGGUUACUAUUGUGCAAAAGCAAUAAGUAAAGUCCUUUUAGACAACAUUGCAGUAAGUGGCUCUGAAAGCAAAGGGAAGGAAUUUUGGGUUAUGGGUAGAAAGUCAACUGUUGAAUUCUGCAAAACUCUUCACCAGUCUUAUUUUGAAAAUAAAAACAAUGACAAAGAACAGCCAGAUUAACAAACAAUCCAACUAUAAUGUAUUUUUACCUUUGCUAAAAUCCACUAAUAGUAACUUAUUUGUAUCUUUAACUUGGUAGCAUGGCAUACAAUUUCAUAAGCCAUAACAGAGUGACCAGGUAACCAUUCAAAGAUGUAUACAAGUUUGCAAAUGUGGAAAAGUCUACAAUUCUGGUACUGUCUUAUAGCUCUGUAGAUUUCUAUUAGACUAGUAUAAUACAGCCUACAGAAUGCAUAUAUUUCUUCCUUUAUUCACCCCUUUAUCUGACUAAAUGGUACUACAGUAUACUUCCCUUUUUUAUUCUUAUAUUCUACUCACCAUUGCACACUCUUCAUUCAAAACAUGGUAGCUUCAGAUGUGGUAAUUUUAACAAUUAGUAAAGGUUGUUAUGUGCAUGACUUUCUCUUUACUGGCUGGUGCAUAUAGGAAUAAUGAAAAGGAACAAAGAAUUUGGUAUUGUGUUCAGCCCUAGAAGAGUGUUUCCCAAUUAUGUAAUUUUUAGAAUCCUCUCUAUACUAGAACAAUAGAACACACUACAUUACAGGGAAAACUCACCCACAUACUCAUUUAUACAAAGCUAAUUUCAAGUCUUCUAAUAUUCACAACUUUGGGAUGUAGGAAGAGAACAGCAUCCUCUAAGAAAGUCUAUGUGGCCACAGGAAUCACAUGCAAAAUCCAUACAUAUGCUGACUGUGACAGGAUCUGAAGCAGUCUCAUAGAGCAGGGGUAGGCAACGUCGGUCCUGGUGAGCCGCAGUAUGUGCAGGUUUUUGUUCCAACC